UCAGCAAGAGAGCAAGUUGCUCCACUUGCUCACGAGCAGGAGAAUUUGAAAGCGUGUCUCAAAGGACAAUCUCAAGGGGGUAGGGAAGUACCUACCUUCUCUGGCAAAGGAGAAAAAUGCUCAUUUUUCAUGCUUUCCCAGAAAACCCACUUCCGUGCCAACCUUAAGUCUCAAAACUUAUUCGUAAUUAGAGUUGAGAAGCCUGUUUCAACUUGAAGACACCCGUAUCAGGUGAAUGGACAGCCAGCUACCGCAAUGAAAGAAAUCAAGCCAGGUAUAACCUAUGCUGAACCCCUGCCUCAAUCAUCCCCAAGUGUUUCCUGACACGUAUUUUUACUUACAGUCCAUCACAACUAAAGAAUGGGGCUCAACUUGACACUCACAAAAUUACCAGAUGAUGACCUGCACAACCAAGGAAGUCACACUCCAAGUAACACGAGUGAUGGAUCAGGAAAGAACACCACCAUUAACAAUGAAUUUGACACUAUCGUCUUGCCUGUGCUUUACCUCAUUAUAUUUGUGGCAAGCAUCUUGCUGAAUGGCCUCGCAGUGUGGAUCUUCUUCCACAUUAGGAAUAAAACCAGCUUCAUAUUUUAUCUCAAAAACAUAGUGGUUGCUGACCUCAUAAUGACACUGACAUUUCCAUUUCGAAUAGUCCAUGAUGCCGGAUUUGGACCUUGGUACUUCAAGUUUAUCCUCUGCAGAUACACUUCAGUUUUAUUUUAUGCAAACAUGUAUACUUCCAUUGUGUUUCUUGGGCUGAUAAGCAUUGAUCGCUAUUUGAAGGUGGUUAAGCCAUUUGGGGACUCUCGCAUGUACAGCAUAACCUUUACAAAGGUUUUAUCUAUUUGUGUUUGGCUGAUCAUGGCUGUUCUGUCCUUGCCAAACAUGAUUCUAACAAAUGGUCAACUGACUAAGGAAAAUAUUCAUGACUGCAUGAAACUUAAAAGUCCCCUGGGAGUCAAAUGGCAUAAGGCAGUCAUUUAUGUCAACAGCUGCUUGUUUGUGGCUGUGCUUGUUAUACUAAUCGGAUGUUACAUAGCCAUCUCCAGGUACAUCCAUAAAUCCAGCAGGCAAUUCAUAAGUCAGUCAAGCAGAAAGCGAAAACAUAACCAGAGCAUCAGGGUGGUUGUGGCUGUGUUUUUUACCUGCUUUCUACCAUAUCACUUGUGCAGAAUUCCUUUUACAUUUAUUCACUUAGACAGGCUUUUAGAUGAAUCUGCACACAAAAUCCUAUAUUACUGCAAAGAAAUGACACUUUUCUUGUCUGCGUGCAAUGUGUGCCUGGAUCCAAUAAUUUACUUUUUCAUGUGUAGGUCAUUUUCAAGAAGACUUUUCAAGAAAUCAAAUAUCAGAACCAGGAGUGAAAGCAUCAGAUCACUGCAAAGUGUCAGAAGGUCGGAAGUCCGCAUAUAUUAUGAUUACACUGAUGUGUAGGAGUCAAAGGCCACUUGGCCUUCUCUUGUUUGUUGAAGUCAAUAUGUACAAAGUGUAAAUAAAUAUUU